CAUUACCACAAGGAAGUCACCCCUUCAACCGUCUAGUCGGUACUUUACCAUGCGCUACUGUGACUGCUCCAGGGGUCGGUCCGCUCUGUCAGAUGCAGACGUCGUGUUAAAUGUGUGGUAAAGUGGACAUCAGCAUCCUAACGCUUCCUCUUUGGACUCCACUUCCGUCAUCUAAACGUGAAACUGUUUUAUUGAUGGUAGGCGGGCAUAUCAGCCAGUAUAAAAUAGAUGGUAUAUGAUCGCCAAGAACGAUGGGUGUCCAUUGGAAAACUAGAAUCAAGAGGCUUUUAUCACCCAAUGAUAGGAGGCAUACAUGGUUUUCAUCAAAGCUGCUUCAUUCUCGGAGAACAUGUGUUGUUACCAUGGUCAUAAUAGUGUAUGUGCUUUACCUUCGAUCAGAGCAUCCAAAACCAUACAUGCCUGAUAUACAGUUUCGGGAAAAGGACAACACUGGAUUGAAGAGUCCUGGGUUUUACAUUAGAAGCAUAUAUGAACAAAUAUAUUAUAUAUUUGUUAACUUCCGGGAAGUAGAAAAUCAAAACAUUGAAUCAUUGAUGCGUAGUCCGAAGAAGUCAUUCUUUGGAAUCCAUUUGGAUGUCCGUGAUAUCGUAGACAUGAAGAUUAAGAAUUCUGCAUCAGAACUAAAAACUACUGGGUUGGUGAAUCUUCAUCCUUUCCGAUAUCUGAACAAUCCUGGUCACUGUCAGUUUAAGAACAACGGUAUGCGUACAAUAUUAAUCAUCGUGAAAUCUACCGUACGUAAUGUUUUGCUGAGACAUGCUAUAAGGAAAACAUGGGGCAAUAUUAUUGAUGAAAACGUCAAAAUAGUGUUUAUGUUAGGACGUAACAACUCCCGACACUUUCAACAAGACACUAUCGACACAGAGGCCGCCAAGUACAAAGACAUAGUCCAGGAAGACUUUGUAGAUACUUAUUUCAACAACACAUUAAAAUCCAUCAUGUCGUUUAACUGGGCAGCUCAGUACUGCGAAGAUGCUCAAUUUCUUUUGUUUGUGGACGAUGACUUCCUCAUCGAUGUCCCAAAAAUUCAAAAUUACAUCUAUUCUAUUCCUGAGUCUGAUGUUGCGACACUUUUUACAGGCCAUCGAAUAAUUCAGCCGGUUGUGAGAGACCGAGAGUCCAAAUGGUACCUGUCGUGGGAAGCAUUCCCUUACAAAUAUUGGCCUCCAUAUCUAGCAGGUGGUGCUUAUCUCACCAGUAUGCCAGUUGCAAAGAAAUUUAGUUAUGCUUUCCCGUAUAUAGAUAUGUUAGGCAUAGAUGACGCGUGGUUAGGUAUUGUCGCUAGGAACUUGCGGAUCUAUCCACAAGAUCAUCAUUUCUUUCAUAACAACGGCAGGUACUCCCAUUUAGCUCUGGUAUACCAAUGUUGUCAUACUGAAAAGAAGAUGUUAGAAACUUGGUGGCAAUAUAAACACAGCGCAAGCUUCCGAUUCGGGACUUUGUAACAUAUAUAUAUGUGUGACCAUUAAAGAUCAACAGUUAAUUAUAAGCCAUCAUGUGAUAGACAUGUGGUAUAAAAUGUAUUCUGUAAAUCUGGUAAACUCAGAUUCAAGCACGAAUUGCCUAUUCAUUAGAUUUUGGCAAGUGGAUCUUUUUUUGCUGCAUUUUGCACAAAUGGUAGGGUAUUUUAUCUCCAUUUUAGUCGUGAAUCUAGUCUUUUAUUGACUCAAUCAGUUUUACAUGCGUGAACAAUAGAGAAUACCGAAAUGCAAGGGAAUCUGUAAUUCUUACUCAAAGUCGAAAAAAAUGAGGGCAAAAAUAAACACAAAAUAUAGAUUUACGAGGAGCUCAUUGAUACAGUACAAGAAUAAGACCAUGUGUCCCGGCAGAGGAACUAGGAUGGCGACAACAGAACGACUAGGAUGGCGACAACAGAACGACUAGGCAGGCUAACAACCAUCGAUUAUGUCUCCCAAUUUGAUCUUGAUCUCAACCAUUAGACUUUCCCGUGGUUUUUAUCGACCUGCAGGGGCCGUGGUGGCCGAGUGGUUAAUGUGCACGUGCCGCGACACUUUAACACUAGCCCUCCACUCUACGUGGGGCAGUUGCCAGGUACUGACCGUAGGUCGGUGGUUUUUCUCCGGGUACUCCGGCUUUCCUCCACCUCCAAAACCUGGCACGUCCUUAAAUGAUCCUGGCUGUUAAUAGGACGCUUAACAAAAUAAACCAAAUUAUCGACCUGCAUAUACCGUCAGUAGUCGACUUUAUCACGUGAUUCGUGGUAAUGGAAAGAAUCCAUUAAAUAUCGAACAAAUAGGAACAUGUCGGUAAGGAAGCUGGCAUGUUACUAUAUGUAAAGGGAAAAUCAGCAAUUGGGAAAUUGAAGUACAUGUAGUCACGUUUAUCGUAAACCUAAUUUGUAAUUGCAGUCCCUGCUGGUAACGUUGUAAUUAAAGAUCGAGGCGACAGGC